AUGACAUCACAAGUUGUGCUACAAAAUUUCCCUCAUUCCGAAACCAAAACCUCCACAACCACCACCGAGUCCCCACCCACUGCUCCCUCACGCGCAGUCUCCAAGAGGCCCUCCGCCGCCGUCACGCGCUCCACCAAGGACCGUCACACCAAGGUCAACGGUCGAGGCCGCCGUGUGCGUAUGCCACCACUCUGCGCGGCCCGCAUUUUCCAGCUCACACGUGAGCUCGGCCACCGCUCUGACGGCGAGACCAUCGAGUGGCUCCUGCGCCACGCGGAGCCCUCCAUUAUCGCCGCCACCGGCUCCGGCACCGUCCCCGCGGAUCCCAUCUCUUCCGUUGCCACCUCCGCACCCUCCUCCGCACCCUCCGUUGCCAUGCCGGUUGUCGGCGGGCAGGGAAUGUUCGCCGUGGCGCCGCCGAGUUGCCGCCUGGACUUGUCCCCGCCCCCGGGGAUGGAUUUCGCCGCGGCGAACGGCUACCGUCACAUGCCCUUCACGGCACUUCUGUUGCAGCCAGCUACGGCGGAGGAUAACCAAAACGACGAGUCUCUCGGCGAACAAUGA